AUGGCAACACCACACCAUGGUCAUGUAGACAUCCUACACGCGCUGUACAAACCCCUGCGGGAGCACCAGACCGACAAUGAGGUGCGCGAGAUCCGCCUCCUCUACAUCGACGAGCCUCUGUCGUCCGAUGGCCCAGAGGACGAGGACGACCGCCAGCCCUUGGUGUGCCGGCUGCAGACGUGCACCGUCGCCGACGCGCAGCGCAGCCAGUUCUACGCACUCUCCUACGCCUGGGGCGACCCGCUGGACACGCAGCCCGUGCUCGUCCAUGGGCGCGUCGUCCAGGCCACCCGCAGCCUCGUUGCGGCCCUGCAGCACGUCCCCGUGGUCGAGCCGCGCUGCCACCGCCAGGGCCUCUGGGUCGAUGCCCUCUGCAUCAUCCAGGCCGACAACCACGAAAAGAGCGCGCAGGUGGUCAUGAUGAAGGUCAUUUUCAGCGGCGCGCACGAGACGCUGGCGUGGCUGGGGCCGGGCGAUGCGCAGAGCCGGGCGGCGCUGCAGCUGGUGCGCCGCAUCUGGGCGGACAAGGUCACGAUGGGCGGGGGCGGUGGUGGCGGGGGCGAUGGCGAGGGCGACAGGCAGAACGACAACGACAACGAGAGACUGCCCCAGCCGCAGGCGCUGGCGGUGCCCGACGUGCUGGCAUUGGUGGACCGGCUCGGCGGCGCGUCGCUGUUUACGACCGACGAACUGAUCCUCGGACGGCGCUGUCGCCUCAUUGCCGGCCACGACGCGUGCGACCGCGACGCCGCCUUUGCCGUCCGCGACUGGGUGCUCCACGGGUCCGUGGCGGCGUUUGUUGAGGAGAAGCAGGUGGAAGCCAAGAACGCGGAAACGGCCGCGCGCGUCGAGCGCAUCCGUGCGUUUGUGGCCGCCAUCGAUGCCACCGCCGGCCGCAGCACGCAUUUCCACAAGCAAGUGGUGGCCUUUCGCUUCACCCGGAACCGCGACGACGGCCCCUGCAGUGUUGUCAACACCAUCGCCGCCCCCCUGCGGGCCCUGGCGUGCCUGCGGGCGUGCAUGCAGCGCGCGUCGUGGGACCCGCGCGACGCCAUCUUUGGCCUCUGCGGCAUGGCGUACUUUGGCGUCGCCGUCGACUACGACCUGUCGGCGCACCAGCUGUUUUGCAGCGUCGCCGCGUGGCUGGCCCGGUCGCUCGGUGCCACCGACGGCGGCAGUCGGCUGUACCUGCUGCUGAGCUACGCCGGCCUCGCCAGUCGACGCUCCACCUGCGGGCUGCCCAGCUGGGUGCCCGACUGGAGCGUGUGGCCCGUCCAGCGCAUAAUAUACACGUCCAAGCGCAUGCCCGUCGUCCCCGCCGCGUAUGUGCCGGGCGUCACGGGUGACGGCACCUUUGCCCUGCAUCUCCAUGGCGUGCGUCUUGGCCGUCUUGCGUCGGCAAUGUCGCCCGGCGUCUUCCCUGGUGUCACCACCUCGCAAGCCGGCGAGGGCGGCACCACAGACACCAUGUCGAGCCGGCUGGCUCUGCUGGCCAGCGCAGCCGAAUUCCUUUCCGGAAUGAGCGCCGACGCGAUCGUCGACAAGCUCGUGGCACCGACAUCGAGACCAUCGGCGACAGCUCCUCCGCUAGCCGGCGAGUCGUUUGUCGUCUCCCUCGUGGAGCUUCUGGCGAAUCCCUACCGCCGACCGCGCUACACGUACGCGGCAGUGGAUGUCGUGUCCUUGAUCCACUGUCUUGUCGCAUCCGGGCGCGUAGCGUUGCCUGCGUCGAGUGCUGCAGAGGAUGCACAGAACAACCCCGGCGACAAAACCCUGUCCGCCGUCCUCGACUGCGACGGCGCUAAUGCCCUGGACCGAGACGCCUUGCUCCGUGAGGCUGCCUACCAGUUCCAGCAGCCCACGUUUGAGAGCCGGUUCUUUGGCGUCGAAGACAUUGACCGCCACGCAUAUGUAUACUUCCGCACCGACAGCGGCCUUUCAGGCUACGCAGCCGCCGGGGUACAGCCGGGCGACGUUGUCUACAAGGUCGCCGGAUGCCAGGAUGUGGUGGUUGUGAGGCCGGUCGGCAGCCGAGUCCGCUUUCUCUCGCUGGCCGGCAUAGUGGGUUUUGCUGGCCAUUACGACGUCGAUUGGGACACUCUGCGCAGCAAGGUGGAGGCUGUUGAUAUUUCAUAA